AUGGAGGGAAUUGAAGUGUUUCUUGCUUUUGCUUGUAAUCAAGAGUCUUACCAAGGAACAAGCACUAUGUUGUGUCCGUGUGCACGAUGCAAGAACCGGAAACAACGUGAUGCAAAGACGGUUUCUAAACAUCUUUUCCGAGUAGGAUUUACGGGGAAUUACUAUGUUUGGUCAAGUCACGGAGAAAGCUGUUACAAUGUUGGACAAUCUUCGGGGACAAGUCAUUUCUAUGGAGAAGAAGCACCAGAAGAAGCAGAAGGUACAAACUAUCAAAUUCCAAACGAAAUGUACGUUAAUAAUCCAUUUUCCAAUAUAAAUAUAAAUUUGGAAGAAGAUGUUGAAGUAACCUCUACAUUGGAGUAUGCGGUGGAAGCGGGUAAUGAAGAAACAUUUCACGAUAACGCUUUUAGAGCCUAUGAAGAUGCAAGGCAACCACUUUAUGAUGGAUGUUCUGAAGGAAUUUCUCAACUAUACUUGGCUUCACGAUUGAUGAAAGCAAAAACCGAUUACAAUUUGCCGGAAGCUUGUAUCGAUGAGAUAUCACAAACUUUUAAAGAUGUUCUACCGAAGCCGAAUAAAGCGCCAUCAUCUUAUUAUGAAACGAAGAAGCUGGCCCGAUCACUUGGCCUCCCUGUUGUGAAGAUUGAUAUUUGUGAGGAUAACUGCAUGUUGUUUUGGAAAGAAGAUAAAGAGCUUUUGGCAUGUCGGUUUUGUGGUAAAGACAGAUACCAUCCAAACAGAGGAAGAGGAAAAAACCGUCCUAAACAGAGGAUGUUUUAUAUGCCGAUUACGGAACGGCUGAAACGUCUAUACCAAGUAGAGACAACUGCAUCACAUAUGCGAUGGCACGCAGAGCAUAAUUCACCUGAAGGAGAAAUGCAUCACCCAUCAGAUGGAGCGGCAUGGAAGCAUUUUAAUGGGGUAUAUCCUCAAUUCGCUGCUGAAAGUCGUAACAUUUAUUUAGGCUUAUCGACAGAUGGAUUUAAUCCUAUCGGUAUGAAUGGUGAAGCACAUUCGAUUUGGCCCGUUAUCGUAACUCCAUAUAACUUACCACCUGGUAUGUGUAUGAAAAGGAAAUAUUUAUAUCUGUCGAUACUAGUUCCCGGGCCAAAACAUCCGAAAAAAAGUAUAGAUAUUUAUCUUCAGCCGCUGAUUGGAGAAUUACAAAGUUUAUGGAGUGAGGGGGUGGAAGCUUAUGAUAUCUCAAAGAAAGAAAGAUUCACAAUGCGAGCUGCACUGAUGUGGACAAUAAGCGACUUUCCAGCAUAUGCAAUGCUUUCUGGUUGGAUGACGCACGGUAGAUUAGCGUGUCCAUAUUGUUUAGAUGAUACAAAGGCUUUUUGGUUACAAAAUGGAAGGAAACAUAGUUGGUUUGAUUGUCACAGAAUGUUUUUGCCUCAGAAUCAUCCUUACCGGCGAAAUGUUAACGCGUUUCGGCGGGGACAAACAGUAACAGAUGAUCCACCCCCGUGGUUGAUUGGAGAAGAAAUUCUUCGUGAAAGAAUAAACAACAUUAAGGGGUUGUCCAAAACAGUUGAUUGUGGAGGAAAAGGCCACGAGAAGGCUGCACAGACGAUAUCUGGCUAUGGAAAGGAUCAUAACUGGGUGAAGAAGAGUAUUUUUUGGGAUUUGCCAUAUUGGGAGAACCUUCUUCUUCGACACAACAUUGACUUCAUGCAUGUGGAGAAAAACUUUUUUGAUAAUCUCACCAACACUGUGUUGAAUGUUCCUGGAAAGAGAUAA